AUGGGAAAUUAUAAAUCCAGACCAACCCAAACUUGUACUGAUGAAUGGAAGAAGAAAGUCAGUGAAUCUUAUGUUAUUGUAAUAGAAAGAUUAGAAGAUGACCUGCGGAUCAAAGAAAAAGAACUUACAGAACUAAGGCAUAUAUUUGGUUCUGAUGAUGCCUUCAGUAAAGUCAAUUUAAAUUACCGCACAGAAAAUGGUCUGUCUCUACUUCAUUUAUGUUGCAUUUGUGGAGGCAACAAGUCACAUAUUAGAACCCUUAUGUUAAAAGGUCUCCGCCCAUCUCGACUGACAAGAAAUGGAUUUACAGCCUUGCAUUUGGCAGUUUAUAAGGAUAGUGCAGAAUUGAUCACUUCUCUGCUUCACAGUGGAGCUGACAUACAGCAGGUUGGGUAUGGCGGCCUCACUGCCCUGCAUAUUGCUACAAUUGCUGGUCACCUGGAGGCUGCUGAUGUGCUACUGCAACAUGGAGCUAACAUCAACGUUCAAGAUGCAGUUUUUUUCACUCCAUUGCACAUUGCAGCAUACUAUGGGCAUGAACAGGUAACCCGCCUCCUUUUGAAAUUUGGUGCUGAUGUAAAUGUAAGCGGUGAAGUCGGAGAUAGGCCCCUCCACCUAGCAUCUGCAAAAGGAUUCUUUAAUAUUGCAAAACUCUUGGUGGAAGAAGGCAACAAAGCAGAUGUGAAUGCUCAGGACAAUGAAGAUCAUGUUCCACUCCAUUUCUGUUCUCGCUUUGGACACCACGAUAUAGUGAAGUACCUGCUCCAGAGCAAUUUAGAAGUUCAGCCACAUGUUGUUAAUAUCUAUGGAGACACCCCUUUGCACCUGGCAUGCUACAAUGGCAAAUUUGAAGUUGCCAAGGAAAUCAUCCAAAUAUCAGGAAUAGAAAGUCUGACUAAAGAAAACAUCUUCAGUGAAACGGCUUUUCACAGUGCUUGUACCUAUGGCAAGAGCAUUGACCUGGUUAAAUUUCUUCUUGAUCAGAAUAUCAUAAGCAUCAACCACCAAGGAAGGGAUGGGCACACAGGAUUGCACUCUGCUUGCUACCAUGGUCACAUUCACCUGGUUCAGUUCUUACUGGAUAACGGAGCUGAUAUGAAUCUGGUAGCUUGUGAUCCAAGCAGGUCUAGUGGUGAAAAAGAUGAGCAGACAUGUUUAAUGUGGGCUUAUGAAAAAGGACAUGAUGCAAUUGUCACACUCCUGAAACAUUAUAAGAGACCUCAGGAUGAAUUGCCCUGUAAUGAAUAUUCUCAGCCUGGAGGAGAUGGCUCCUAUGUGUCUGUUCCAUCCCCUUUGGGGAAGAUUAAAAGCAUGACAAAAGAGAAGGCAGAUGUUCUCCUUCUAAGGGCUGGAUUGCCUUCACAUUUCCAUCUUCAGCUCUCAGAAAUUGAGUUCCAUGAGAUUAUCGGCUCAGGUUCUUUUGGGAAAGUGUAUAAAGGACGAUGCAGAAAUAAAAUAGUGGCUAUAAAGCGUUAUCGAGCCAACACCUACUGCUCCAAGUCAGAUGUGGAUAUGUUUUGCCGAGAGGUGUCCAUUCUCUGCCGGCUCAAUCAUCCCUGUGUCAUUCAGUUUGUGGGUGCUUGCUUGAAUGAUCCCAGCCAGUUUGCCAUCGUCACUCAGUACAUAUCAGGGGGUUCUCUAUUCUCCCUCCUUCAUGAACAGAAGAGGAUUCUUGACUUGCAGUCUAAAUUAAUUAUUGCAGUAGAUGUUGCCAAAGGUAUGGAGUACCUUCACAACUUGACACAGCCAAUUAUACACCGUGACUUAAACAGUCACAAUAUUCUUCUCUAUGAGGAUGGGCAUGCUGUGGUGGCAGAUUUUGGAGAAUCAAGAUUUCUGCAGUCUCUGGAUGAAGACAACAUGACAAAACAACCUGGGAACCUCCGCUGGAUGGCUCCUGAGGUGUUCACACAGUGUACACGCUACACCAUCAAAGCUGACGUCUUCAGCUAUGCUCUGUGUCUGUGGGAACUUCUCACCGGCGAAAUUCCAUUCGCUCAUCUCAAGCCAGCGGCUGCCGCAGCAGACAUGGCUUACCACCACAUCAGACCUCCCAUCGGCUAUUCCAUUCCCAAGCCCAUAUCAUCUCUGCUGAUGCGAGGGUGGAAUGCAUGUCCCGAAGGAAGACCCGAAUUUUCUGAAGUUGUUACCAAGUUAGAAGAGUGUCUCUGCAACACUGAGCUGAUGUCUCCUGCAUCAAGUAACAGCAGUGGGUCUCUCUCACCUUCCUCUUCUUCUGAUUGUCUGCUGAGCCGCGGAGGGCCUGGCCGAAGCCACGUGGCAGCUUUACGGAGUCGUUUUGAAUUGGAAUAUGCUCUAAAUGCAAGGUCCUAUGCUGCCUGGUCCCAAAGUGCUGGACAAUGUGCCUCUCAAGGCCUGUCUUUGGAGGACAUGAAGAAAAGUCUCCAGUUCUCACCCAUUGACAAAUAUGGCUACGUGUCUGAUCCCAUGAGCCCGAUGCAUUUUCAUUCUUGCCGGAAUUGUGGCAGCUUUGAGGACAGCAGCUGA